AAUUUCACUAUUAAUAUUACUAAUGGUUUGUGAAACCGAUUUUUCUUAUUUGGAUAUAGGAAUAACAUAACAUUAUGUAUAUUAUUUAUAUGUAAAUAAAUUUCUGCGAAAUCAAGAAUAGACAGUAAAAUAAGAUGCUCAAGUUCAAUUCCCAAUCAAUGCUUGCUAACGAUUUUUAUACAUCCCUACGAUGAAUAUUAUAGAGUCCUCUUCGGCUAAUUCGAUAAAUUAUGGGAUAUCCUCAAACGAUACCAAUUUUUAUAAAUAUUCUUCCUUUUUCUACGAUAUUGAUCACUUGCCAAAUCAUCAUUCUAAUUUUAUCGUAACAACGAAUCCAUCUUAUGUUCCGACAUUUUUAUUCGCAUCUUAUCCAACUCAAGAUCUCAUCUCAACUGAUUCUAAGAAAUUCAAUAAAAAACAAAUGGAAUUAAAUUAUGAAAACUCUUCCUCAAACAUUAAUAAUUCGUUCCACGUGAAUAUUACUCAAAAAUGUAAUAUUAUUAAAAAUGAUAAAACAGAUGUUAAUAUCAAAAAUUCUAAUAAUAACUCUACCACAGAUAACAGAGGUCUUGAAACGGAGGACAUCCUUAUGGCCGAUUGCAAUGAUUUGCCACCGAUAAUUUUGAAUCACCACGCUCAAAAUCAUAAGAAUAUUAAAUAUAAUGAUAAUCAAAAUAAAGGCGAUAGCAUAUAUUCUAAAAAUUCGAAAGCCUCAUCAAGUAUCUAUAAAGAAUUAAUCUCAAAACAUUCCUCUCAAAUUCAUAAAGAAAGAAUUGGCGAUAUUCAUUACAAUCAAUACGGAACUAAUUAUUCCCCUUUGAUAGGAAUGGAUCAAGAUGAUUCACAUGCACAAAAGUUGGAACAAAGAAAAUAUUCCCUUCAAUUUAAUUAUACUGGAUACAACUCUGAUAAAACUAUACUAACCCCUUUAGGUGCUUUUACAACGGUGUCUAAUUCUACAUCUUCGCUGUCCAAUUUAACUUUCGGUAGUAUAAGUGUGGGCUGUAAUAAUUUUAACUAUAUCCAACAUCCCUUUGAUAGUUAUUCUAACUCAAUGACAAAUCCGCUGCAAUCCUAUAAUAAUAUCAACGAAUCAUCGUGGACAACUAAAACAAAGUCAGUUAUAAAAUUAGAUGACCCUUCAUCUUACAACAAUGAAGUCAAAAAGGAUGAAACUGGCCAAAACAUUUACAAUUAUUAUCCCUUAUAUCACAAGGACACAAUGUCAAAUUCGGCUAACUAUUCAUUUUGCAAUGUUUCAAAAAACAUCAACGUAAAUUCAACCCUACAUCUAUACAAUAACAGUAAUCAAAACCUGAUUCCAAAUAAAUUGCCAUCUUCCGCAUAUUCACCUUUGGAUAGCUAUUAUUUAUCUAGUUUUACAAAUUUUAAACCUUAUCUCAGUUUUCAGUGUGAUCCAUUGCUAAUUAAUCCAUUAACCCAGGUUGAUGAAUGCGCGAAAGAUUUGAUGGAUAAAACAUCUAAAACGUUUGAUUUGAUGCACAGAGACACAUCAAAUAACAGUUAUAGUAAUACGGUAGAUUACAAUACUUAUAGGAACAGGGUCCAUUUCACCAAUAUAAUAACUGAAUCCAAUAUUGUAUCAUCAUCCAAUAAAUCGCAUAUAAAUUAUCCAUUUACAUUAAACCCUUUUGAAAAUAAAUUGUCGCAUACCUUAUUAACAACGGAUUCCGAUUAUACCUUACUAAAAAAUUCGAUGUCAAAAUCAGGCAUGCAAACAUCUUCCAUAGCAGUUUCGAAUGAUCUUCAUAAACAAUAUCAUUCGCAUGAAUAUCAUUAUCCUCCACACUCAGAUUUAGCCUACGCCAAAAAUGACCAAAUUAUCAAUAAAUCAGUUGAAUUUGCAAAAAGUAGUCCAGUCGAUUUUAUUACAUCCAAAAAUAUGGAUUACUAUCCUUACUACAUGAAAAGAUUUUACAAUUACGAAAAAACGGCCUACAACAAUAAACAACAAGAGAUGAUGAUUUAUAAUUACAACAAUAUGUACAGCAAUUAUAACCUUAAAACGAAUAAACCCUUCAAUUCACAAUGCCUAAAUCCUUCGCAUGUUGUUGGGGAAGUUAACGAAAAUACUAAUUUAAAUUAUGACCCCUUUGCGACAAAAUGUCAAGAAACAUUAACAAGCGCCUUAUCCCCAUCUUUUUAUACCUAUAAUCCAUACAACUUAAUGCAAAAAUACGGACCAGAUGCGUCACCAUACUUAAGCUCUUCCAAACCGUAUUCAGAUUUGCGAAGCAAUUUGCCUGGUUCAGCAGAAAUUUCAGUAAACUAUCAGCACGAAUAUUAUCCUUUGCCAUUUACAGGGCACGUUUUUCCUAAGGAAAAAAAUGAAAAUUACUCUUUUAAUGAAUACCAUAACUUGAGCACUGACAACUUAAACUCUAAGGAAUCCAUGUUUCUGGAACCAACAUACAUAAACGUCGAAAAUAGUAGAAGUAUAAAUUCACCCAAGUCAUCCAAGGACACUAACAAAAAGGGUAAAAAUAAAAAAUCUAAAAAAUCAAAGUGUAACAACCAUCACACUAAAAUUGAAAUUAAUAAUGAUACAGGUAUUUGUGAUAAAAAUUUUUACGAUGAAGAUAACGUUGGAUUUGAAUAUAGUUCAGAAAGGAUAGAAAAUAUAACAAAUAAUUCCAAUGAUUUAACGGUGCAAAUAGGCGAUGCAAAGACCCCAACUAUUCGACAAUACAGCGAAAAUAUUUCAAAUUCUAAUGAUAAAUUAAAUAAAAUCAACGAUAUUUCUUUGAAUGAUUCUAAUACAAUAAUAAGUUAUCAAAAUAAUAUAAACAAAAACUCAGAUAUUUAUCAAUCUAAGAGUCCGAAAUCAAAUGAAUCUCGUCAAGCCGUAUCUAUGGCACACGAAGACGAUCUCAAUUAUAUGAAUUCUAGAUAUGAACACAUGGAUAAUAUGUUCAAUGAAAACGACAUGUGCGACGAUGAUGAAUCUGAAUCAUUAGACAACAUCCCUGGCAUGCCAGGAUCUAAUAAUAAUCCUAGUUCAGAUGACUUAGAACAAUUUGCUAAACAGUUUAAACAAAGAAGGAUCAAACUCGGCUUUACACAAGCUGAUGUUGGUUUAGCUUUGGGCACAUUGUACGGGAAUGUAUUCAGUCAGACCACUAUAUGUAGAUUUGAAGCUUUGCAGCUAAGUUUUAAGAACAUGUGCAAAUUAAAACCAUUGUUAACUAAAUGGCUCGAAGAAGCCGACAGUAAUUCAGGAUCACCGAGUAGCAUAGAUAAAAUUGCGGCUCAAGGACGAAAGCGAAAAAAAAGAACGAGCAUUGAAAUAUCCAUUAAAGGGGCUCUAGAACAUCAUUUUAUAAAGCAGUCUAAGCCAUCAGCCCAAGAAAUAUCUUCCCUAGCGGAUAGCCUUCAACUCGAAAAAGAGGUGGUGAGAGUAUGGUUCUGUAAUAGGAGGCAAAAAGAAAAGCGGAUGACGCCCCCCGGUAGUAAUAACAAUCAUUUAUCGGGUUCCCUUAAUCAGUACAACCAGGUGAGUAGUUUAAGCUUCAGCGAAAACGAGACAAAUCAUAUUGAAGAUGAAGAAGAUGAAAAUGAUGAGGAGCUUGGCAUUGAUAAAAAUAAUAGCCUAUACCAUCCAUCUAACUAUAAAUGUCAAGAUGAUGAACCCAAUCAUACUUCUUAUCUGUCGCAAAUGGAUAAGAAUCCAUACAAUUAUAAUUAUAGUUCACCCCCAGAAAAAAACAGCAAUAGCAAUUAUCUAUUCUCCGAUCAUGCCUCUCCAAAAAGUUUCCCACCUAAAGAUGGUCAGGAUCCCGAAACAAAUAUCCCACCAAGUAAUAACGAUUUAUUAUAUACUAAUGUGGAUCAACAGGAUAAAUAUAACGAAUUUAUGAAACCAACUCUAAACGAUACUUCGUUUUCUACGCCAAUUUUAUAUAGCGAUAAUGCAAAUUAUAAUAAUUAUGGGUUAAACGUAUUACAAAAUUUUAGAGAAUCUUUAAACAUCCUCACUGAUCAUAAUUUAUCACAAGAUAAAGAUGUGCCUUCAGAUGUCAAAAAUUUAAUAGCCUCAACGUCAAAUUCUAAUAUUGGUAAUAUUGACUCGACAAUUCCUCAAUUCCACAAAUAUACCAACAUAAGUCCACAAAAGCAGAACUUUUGAAAAAGUCCAACCUGGGUCUGCAAUCUCAGUAUUAAUAAAGAUGUUUCAGGGUCGAAAUGAACAAAAUUUAUUUCUAGAAGAAUUUAUAAAUCUAACAAUAGCUAAUUGAUAUGAAUAUUGGAGCUAAUAUACUAUGGGAAGCUAAUAUAAUUUUAACAUAUAUU